AUGCGAGGUGAGGCGUUGAUUCUUUUAGACGCUAAAUUGACUAAGAGUCCGCUUCCCCACAACGCCGGCUCCAUCUUUGUCUCCGGCUCCGGCUCCGAUCCCGAAAGGCCCAUUUUAACGGGAGAUCAACCUCACAAUGCGUCCUUCAUUUAUUCUCCAACUGCCCACAACAAUAGCAAUGGCUAUGAUGCUCUUCUCAUCAAAUUAAUUCAACGCGACGAAGAAGAAGGCUCUGGAUGCAGCACAGAAGGUCAAUGGCACUGUAUGACCAAUUCAUUCCAAAGAUGUGCCCAAGGCCACUGGUCCAUGAAAAUGAACAUGGCUGAAGGGACGAAAUGUGUGCCAGCAGGUUAUACAGAUGACUAUAAUUUUCGCAUUGAGCAUGAGGGAAAGGAUGACGACAAUGGUGGUAACCGAAGUGAUGAAAAUCGGAGUAAUAGCGGUGCAAGUCUUGAAGCAUGGACUUCGAACAUCGCCAUUGCAGUCAUGGCUAUUUCGUCGUUAUGGGCUGCUUUGGGAGUUAUUGUAUAG